GAAAAAAGAAUAAUAAGACGUGAGCAAGGGAGUUACAAAUGGAGCAGUUGAUUGGGCUUUAGCCAUACAAGGAUAGCUUUAGAAGUGCUUUCGGUAAUUAAAAUAUAGGAAAGGAGUAUUUAAUCUCAGCGUCCAAUCCGCGUCCUAAUUUCCUAUAUAAACCCCCCAUCCCUUCCACCAUUCCACCACCCAUUCAUUCUCUCAACUUCCCAUCAUUCAUUCAUCUCUCAAAAUGUCUGAAGAACUCAAGUACACUUCCCACGAGACCGCCAAGCCCGCCAACGAGCCUUGCGAAACCGCCACCCCCGUCGCCGUCGAGAGCACCGAUCGCGGCCUCUUCGGCUUCGGCGCCAAGAAGGGGGAGGAGACGGCGAUCUCCGCCGAAUUCGAGGAGAAGGUCAAGGUCUGUGAAGAGGAGAAGAAGGAAGAGGCCCCCGAGGAGAAGAAGCACGAAGGAUUCAUCGAGAAGCUUCGCCGCUCCGACAGCUCCAGUUCCUCGAGCGACGAGGAAGAAGUUGGAGAAGACGGGUUGAAGAAGAAGAAGAAAAAGAAGGGUUUGAAGGAGAAGGUCGUGGAGAAAGUAUCAGGAGACAAGGAAGAAGAAGAGGUUAAGUGCGUAGACACAUCGGUUCCGGUUGAGAAGUACGACGACGUCGUACCCACUCAAGAGCAUGAGGAGAAGAAAGGCUUCCUAGACAAGAUCAAGGACAAGCUCCCAGGCGGCAAGAAGACGGAGGAGGUUGUGUCGGCACCGCCGCCGCCGGCUCCGGUGGCCCACGAGUACGGCGCCACUCCGGAGGCGGAGGGCAAGGAAAAGAAGGGAUUCUUGGAUAAGAUCAAGGAGAAGCUGCCUGGUUACCACCCCAAGACAGAUGAAGAAAAGGAAAAGGAAAAGGAAAAGGAAAAAGAGGCUGCAUGCUAAAUUAAUCAAGUGGCUUUUACUGUAUUUUGUGAUUGUCAUUUGUGUUAUUUGUUGAUGCUUUUCGAAUGUGUUGAUUUCCACUUUGUAACUUGUCUUUUGGUUUUGAAUUAUAUGUGUAUGUGCAGUAUUUUGUGUACAUCCAUGAAAUUGAAAUGAAGUUUGCUUGGGGCGUUUUGAUUUUUUUUAAA